CGAAAAGUAGAUCUAAGGCGUAAGAAUCGUGACUAUAAAUAUCCCAUUAACUAGUGGAUAAAGAAAAAGAAGACCAAAAACUAGUGGACAAAGAAAAAGAACAAAAACCUAAUUUCAAGAAAUUCAAUAAAUAUCAUCCUCCGGAUAAGUUGUUAUUGUACGUUUACCAAAUUCAAGAACAAGAAAAAACUUUUCCUUUGAAACAAAGAAACAUGGAUUUCUUCACCGAUCAAGUAAAGAAGAAAUUCUCCGACAAGAAACCGGAGAGCUCUGAUCCGGAGCCAAACCACAACAAAAACAAACCCGGUCACACGGAGCCAACAACACAUAAACCCGGUCACGGCGAGCCAACAACACAUAAACCGGUCUCCAACACCGAUCCAACAACACACAGACCGGCUACGAACGCUGAGCUCAUGGCUAGUGCCAAGAUCGUAGCCGAAGCUGCUCAAGCCGCUGCUCGUCACGAGUCAGACAAGCUUGACAAAGCCAAAGUCGCCGGAGCCACCGCUGAUAUCUUAGACGCCGCUUCUAGAUACGGUAAGCUCGAUGAAAAGAGCGGUGUUGGUCAGUACCUUGAAAAGGCUGAACAAUAUCUUCACAAGUACGAAACUUCCCACUCUCACUCCUCCACCGGUGGAACUGGAAGCCACGGUAAUGUUGGAGGACACGGUGGUGGAGCUGGAGCACCGGCGGCUAAGAAAGAAGAUGAGAAGUCCGGAGGUGGUCAUGGGUUUGGAGAUUAUGCUAAGAUGGCUCAAGGUUUUAUGAAGUGAGUAAUGUUUUAGUUUCUAAAAAUAAUUAUGUUAGUAAUUAUCUUCUAUAAUUACUGUUUUAGUAAGCUGUUGUUUUUUCUGAAUUAUUAUUAACUGUUGGAUUUGUCAUUUGUGUAUGAUGGAGGAAAUUAUGAUGUUAAAGAUCAUGUAUCAUGUUGUUGACCACUCGAGAUUGCGUUAAUCAAAUAUUUGUAUAAUUAGAACCGAACUUUAAGUUAUGGGAAGUAAUACUAAUUAAUAUCGAAUUUAAAUGGACCGUCUAAAAAUAAAUAAACUAAUUAUUAUCCUGAGAAGAAGGAGGAAAAACACAAGAAAAUGAUA